AAAUCUGUAGUAAUACUAGACUGUACGCAUAUCUGCCAAACAGUUUUAGUAUAAAAGUUGGGUAAAAAACAGGCUUAUCUAAAAUGUUAACGUUUUCACCGUAUGUAUAAUUUCAAACGGUUUCUGCUUUCAGUCGUGAGACAAUACGUCUGUCUGCCUUAGUGUCAUAAAAAUUGUUUUUUAAAAACUACUAGCAUUGAAUGUUGUAAGGCAUAUCCCCGAUUCUACACGCGCCAUUCAACGUUUAAAAGCUGCCUAAGCGACGUUAAAAAAGUGCGUACCGUAGAAUCGGGAUCCUGAUUGCUUUUCGCGAAACCAAAGAUUCUAGUUUUGUCGACCGGAGCCCGUGCAUCGAGGAAACGAAAUUACGACAAAUCUGCUAUCCUCUCCUAUGUCUUUACUAUUAUUUAAUAACAUAACAUUUCCUGCUUAUAUACUGCAAUGUGGUGCCAUUUGUGCGACCGCUGUUCCCGCAACUGUCAGAUCUAAUACGAGCAUAACCCAUAUGCACAACGAUAUAAGGUCAUUGUUGGAGUCUGGCACAAACCGGCUUAUAUGGACUGGAUGGGGUUUUUUUCACUGGAGUUUAUUUAAAUGGAUCAUCACGUGCUCAUCUUUAUGCAUUUUAGUAUUUUUUCUUAUUUUAACUUGGCAAUAUGUCUGCAUUCUGGUGCAACGAUAUUUUGGAAGACUCCCUAACGGACCGUUUCCGCUGCCACUUGUCGGUACCGUUGGUAUCGAUCGGGCACAACCAUUCAAAACCUUCGAAGAAUUCGCUAAGCGCUACGGUGGAUUGUAUAGUUGUUAUUUAGGAUCGGAUCUGACAAUUGUUAUAGCUGAUGCAAAUCUGCUACGAAAAGCAUUUCGCGAUAUACGUUUUGCCGGACGACCUAAAGUUACCGAUCACUACUUAGGCCUCAAAGUGGAAAAUGGCCCGGUUUUGUCUGAGGGUAACAUUUGGAAAGAACAGCGGCACUUUUCCAUACAAGCACUGCGUGAAUUUGGUUUUGGAAAACGCAUAGUUGAAGAAUACAUCGAAAUCGAAAUUGGCAACUCCCUACAGACACUUGCAAAUUAUGAAGGAGAACCGCUGGAUAACAGCAUGUUUUUUGCAAAGGCAUUUGGGAACAUCAUAUCAUAUCUGCUAUUCAGCACCGAUUUUCACAGCGAAGAUCCGCGCUUUAAAGAAUGUGCCGAUAUUAUUGCUGUGAAUUUCCAAGAGCUGGCCAACGCAUCGACACUGGAUUUUUAUCCCUGGUUGCGCUUUGUACCACCCUUUCGAGCCGGCUUCAACGAGACGAAAUCCCGUUUUGUCAAGAUAUUCGGUAUUGUGGAGGAGCUGCUGGAACAGCAUAAGAAAACAUUCGAUGCACAACAUCCCCGAGAUUAUAUCGAUGCUUUCCUGCGCGUGCAAAUUGCUGACGAUAGCGGCUGCUUUAGUGGGGAACAACUUGUGCGCAAUGUAUAUGAUUUGUAUGCCGCUGGCUUUCAGUCAACAACGAUAUUUCUGCAAUGGGCGAUGCUGUACAUGAUAUGCUACCCCGAGGUACAACAGCAAAUCCAACGGGAAAUUGACGAGGUCAUCGGGGAAAAAGCUAUCACCUUUGCGGAUAAAAUAAGUCUUCCUUAUACGGAUGCCACAAUGCAAGAAAUAUUCCGCUGUGCUAACUUUGGACCAUUUCUGAUGCCUCACAAAACCACAGAAAAAGUUGAAUUUGAGGGUUACAUAAUUCCUAAAGAUACUACUGUGUUUGGUUUUGCCUGGUACUGCAUGAAAGACCCCAAGUUGUGGUCGAAUCCCGAAAAAUUCCAACCCGAAAGACUACUGACCAACAAUGGAAAGGUCGACCAUUUGAAAACCGAGAAUAUAAUGCCAUUUUCAGUUGGAAAACGAGCUUGUCCCGGAGAAGGCUUCGCCCGUCACGAAAUUUUCAUCUUUUUCGCUUCGAUCUUACAGCAUUUCGUUAUCGCGGCAGAGGGUGAAAAUAUCAUACCGUCUUUGGAACCUAUUGAUGGCGAAGCACUAACGCCGCACCCAUACAAAAUGCGAGCAAUUCCUCGGCAAAAGCAAAGUAUCCACCAUCCUCACUGUAGAAAUGAGUGAACCUAAUCCCGGAAUCUCUUAUUGAUGCACAACGAGAAGGAUAGAUAGCCAAAUAGGAAUGCAGUAAUUUAUUGACACCGUUCGCAACUUUUUUACGGGAAACGCAUUUACAGCUCAGUUUUGAAUGAUAAAGUUUAAUUUUUUCGGUCCACCAAAUUAGAAAAGGAUCUCAAAAUGGAGCAGCUGCAAACUGUGAUAAUUAUAACUGCCAAUAGCUCUGCAGGAGCAAGAUUUUGUUCACCUGAAUUUCGGCUUCCAGCUGUAUUAAAAUAUCCUAAACAAACUCUCUUUUUACGACCAAUGAUCAUAUACGGUAUUCUUA